AUGGGAAAGCUACUCGAUUCCAUUUGUGAACACGAUGUUGAAUUCAUGGCCAAGCAAAAGGUCUUCUUUGUGGCCACUGCUCCACUCUCGCCCCAUCACCGUGUGAAUGUGUCACCCAAGGCGCCAGGGACAUCUUUGGUCGUUUUGAAUCCUCACAAGGUGGCCUAUCUAGAUUUGACUGGAAGUGGCUCGGAGACUGCUUCCCAUUUGUCAGAAAAUGGGAGAAUAACCAUUUUGUUUUGUCAUUUGGAAGAGGGUCCUCCACGACUGAUGCGGUUGCAUGGAAAGGCCCGCAUUUUGUUGAAGGAAGAGGCAGAUGCCGAGUUGUUGUCCAAGUUUCCAUCUUCCCUGACGUCACACCCGGGAUUUCGAGCUAUCUAUGUCAUGGACGUUGAUAGGAUAUCCAGUAGCUGUGGCUACAGCAUGCCCAUUUUUAGUUUCGAUCGCUACCGCACCAAACUUGAUGAUUGGACCAAAAACAAGGGAUCGGAAGGCAUGGCCGAAUACGGUCUUACCAAGAAUUCCUUCUCCAUAGAUGGAAUACCGUCGCUUGCUGUCCUCAAAGCACAAAAAGACGGCAACCCAUAUCGGAUCAAUCCCAAACCGACGGAUGGAUACAUCUAUGGCGAAAAGGUGUCAAUGAAUCGAUUACUGUCACAUGUGCUCGGCAUGCAACAUGGAAUCAGGCAAAAACUAUUUGUGGAGAACUAUGGUCCCUUGAUGUUUUUGUGUGGCAUGUUCACUGCCUAUGCCUUGCAAUGGAUUAUGAUGUCUUCUCAGCAAUUCAGCAUGGAUGGAGUGAACGAGCUAUAG